AUGAACGCCCAAGUGGGAAAAGAAAAUGCAUACAAAGCGACUAUUGGAAAACAUAGUCUACACGACCGAAGUAAUGAUAACGGAAUAAGGUUAAUUAAUUUUGCAAUAAGUAAAAAUAUGGUAAUAAGCAGUACAAGAUUCCCAAGGAAAAAUAUUCAUAAAGAAACGUGGUUAUCUCCAGGAGGAAGAUAUAGUAGCCNUAUAAGAAACGUCAAAAGCUACAGAGGAGCAGACGCAGACACAGACCAUUACUUGAUCCUGAUUGACUUCAGAGUAAAGAUGUCCAUGGAAUGGAAAAAGAAACAAAAAAUCCUCGGAAAAUACGAUGUGGAUAAAUUAAAAAAUGAAGAAACAUUACAGACAUUUCAAGAAACAGUGACAAAUUUCUUGGGAAAAAGAGAGGACAGUGAUAAUGAACAGAUUGAGGAGUCGUGGAAAGUAAUUAAAGCCUCAAUAAUGGAAUCCGCAGAAAAAGUCAUUCAACACACACAAAGAAAGAAAACAAAGAAAUGGUUUAAUGAUAAUUGCAAGAAAGGAAUCAAGGAACGCAAUGAAGCCAGAAUCAAAGCAAUCCAUACACCAACCUCCGAGAACAUAAGGGAUUUCGAGAACAAACGAAGAGAAGUAACUACACUGAUAAGAAAAGAAAAGAGAAUAGCGGAAAAAGAAAGAUUAGGGGAGAUUGAAAACUUCAAACACAACCCCAGAGAAUUCUUCAAACGUUGCAAAACAUUUAAAAAUGGAUUUAUACCAGCUAUACAGAUGAUAGAAGAUAAUAAUGGUGCUCUAAUUACUAGAUCGGAAAACAUGGCCGAGGAAUUUAGAAUGUACUUUAAGAAACUCCUUAACAGAGGCUCAACAACGGAAGAAGUAGGCGAACAAGACGACACCAUACAUUAUACAGCAGAACCAGAAGUAUUAAACCCAAGUUUAGAAGAGACACAGUAUGCAAUCCAGACUCAAAAAAAUAAUAAGUCACCAGGAGAUGAUAAAAUUGUAGCUGAAUUAUUGAAGUUAGGAGGGAAAAACCUAACACAAAAAUUACAUCAUCUAAUUCAACAGAUAUGGAUAAAGGAAAAGAUACCACAAGACUGGAAUGAAUCAUUGAUAUGUCCAAUUUUCAAAAAAGGUAACCGAAAAAAAGUAGAGAAUUAUAGAGGAAUAACACUCUUGAACACUGGGUAUAAGGUAUUAUCAUUAAUCAUACUUAAAAGAUUGCAAAUUUAUACAGAUGAGAUAGUAGGUAACUACCAAAGCGGAUUUAGAAAAAAUAAAUCAACUACUGAUCACAUAUUUGUCAUAAGACAAAUUAUGGAAAAAAGUUAUGAGUUCGCGAAAGAUCUACAUAUGGUUUUUGUAGAUUACAAACAAGCAUAUGAUAGCAUAAUUAGAGGAAAACUAUGGAAAGUUCUUAAAGACUUUGGUUUACCAACUAAAUUAAUCAACAUGAUAAAACUGUGUAACACGAAUACCAGUAGCCGAGUCAAGGUGAACAAUAUCAUCUUCGUUUAUAACAAAUAGUGGAUUAAAGCAAGGGGAUGCGAUGUCACCAGUGCUUUUCAAUAUGGCACUGGAGAGUGUAAUAAGAAAGGUACUGCGAACUGAGACAUUAAACCUUGACGAAGGAAAUAUCUUACUAGCAUAUGCAGACGACAUAGUGGUUAUUGGGAAUUCACGAGAAGGUAUUCAGAAUACUGUUGAAGAACUGAUAAAGAUAGGAAAAGAUAUUGGCUUAACCAUAAACAGUGGAAAAACUAAAUACAUUAUGGUAAAGCGAGGAGGGGGUGACCAUAAUAACCUCCACGUGGGAAAUAACACCUUUGAAGAAGUACAAGAGUUCAAGUACCUUGGGUCUACCCUAAAUAACCAAAACAACAUGCAUGGUGAGAUCAAUAUUAGAUUGGGCGCUGCUAACCGAUGCCUUUAUGCACUGAAAACCCUCUUUAAAUCUAAGCUGCUGUCAAGAAAAACAAAAGAACAUCUAUACAUUAGUUACAUCCGCCCUAUAUUGACAUAUGCAUGUGCCACAUGGGCAACGACGAGAGGCGAUGAUGAAAAACUACGGUUAUUUGAAAGAAAAGUUCUUAGAAAAAUUUAUGGACCCGUAUUCAACAAUACAGAACAGAAAUGGGAAAUAAGAACAAACGCCCAACUAUACCAGCUGUACAAAAGAGAAGAUGUGGUCCAAUUCACCAGAGGGACAAGGAUAGAAUGGGCAGGCCAUGUAUGGCGGGCUGAUGGAAGUAUGUUGAAAGAAGCAUNAAACCUAAAAAAAAAAAAAAAAAAAAUGUGUAGGUAUACACUUAAUGACGCUGCAUUAAAAUAAAAUAUUAACGGUCAGAAACUGACUGAUUGUAGUCUUUUUCACUAACUAUAACUACCUCUCCUACCAUCGCAAUGCUGCUAUUCUCGUUCAUCCCAAGGACUGAAACAUCGAACACAACAAAAAAAAAAAAACUAACUCCCUACCAUUACAACCACUCAUCAUACAGGUGAAUCGGGGGCUGGGGAUCCAUAAAGACGAAGGCCAUACUCCCAAGGGAGGCAGAAAAAAAAAAAAAAAAAAAUAUCAACCGGUAGAUGGGAUUUACAAUUGGUAGCCAUACAUAUACAGGAUAAAAAAACUCUCCACACCAUAACAAUAACAAGAAAAAAAAACUCCCUACCAUAACAUACCGUGUGUUGAGUGAUUUAUUUCCCGCCUGCUGAAAGAGGAGGUGACCUAAUGUGCCACGAAUAAAAUAAAUAAUGAUAAUUAUCAAAGACACUAAGGGGAAAAAAUAUUUAGCAAAAGGAAUUAUAUAAUAUUCGAUCGCAGUUCGGGCGAUUAUUAAAUGGGUAUUGAUUUGUCAAUAUAUAAAUAACAAGAAUACGUAAUAAACUGUGACCGUUCAAGUCACUGUAAUAAUGGGAAAAAUAGAGAUAUUAAGUACAGGUACACACAAUGCGCGCACAACAAUAAUCCUAUCUUAAUUAAUAAUAAUUACGGCGGCGGGCGACGGAUAUGUUAUUGUCGUGUUGCCGUAGCUGACCAUGGGACUGGGCCUGCAUGCCGUUGACGAAAAUGUUGAUUGGGAACGAAACAUGCGAUCGCAAUCUUUGGAUUCGCCGACCGUCAAAGUACCGGCGUAUUAA